AAUUUGCAUUUGUUAUUGAGGUAUUAAAAAUGUGGGGUGAUUCAUUGUUAAUAGUAUUCAUAUCGAUUUGCACAGCGCUACUUGGCGAAGGUCUGACAUGGAUAUUAGUCUACAGAACAGAAAAAUACCAAAAACUCAAAGUGGAAGUGGAACGUCAAAGUAAAAAAUUGGAGAAGAGAAAGGAAGCCCAUGGUGACUCCUUGGACAAGCAUCAUAAAAAGAAAAUUGAGCGUGAAGAAGAGCGUCUGAAAAACAAUAAUAGAGACUUAUCACUGGUCAAAAUGAAAUCAAUGUUUGCUAUUGGUUUUGCCUUUACUGCACUCUUAAGCAUGUUCAAUAAUAUAUUUGAUGGCAGAGUAGUGGCUAAAUUACCAUUUUAUCCCAUAUCAUGGAUUCAAGGACUGAGCCAUAGAAAUUUACCUGGAGAUAACUACACUGAUUGUUCUUUCAUAUUUUUGUACAUCCUCUGUACAAUGAGUAUAAGGCAAAAUAUUCAGAAGCUUCUUGGUUUUGCACCCUCGCGUGCUGCAUCUAAACAAGGCGGGGCCCUGUUUGCUGCUCCUCAACCACAAUUUAAAUGAAGACUAAUAACAAAACAAAUAACUUAAUGUUCUUGUUCAUAUUUAAUUUUCAAAAAAUUGCAAAGAUUAAAAAGGAGUAAAAUAA